AUUGAUUUUUAUAAUAUAUCUCCUUGGCUCUGUUUAAGAGGUUUUUGAACACGUCCGGGCUUUCCUUGCUUAUGUCUAUCACAGCCUACCAACUUCGACAUGCUAUAGCCGAACUUCCCCAAAAGGAAAACAGGGCAGGAAACAAAAAAUUCUCUUUCUGAAAAAAAAAAAAAAAAAAAACUCAAAUCGAUCUUUUUUCUCCUCCUUUUUGUCAAAAUCACCUACCGUUUUCUGUUAUUUGUGCUGAAUUUUAUGUAGUGCUUCUCUCCAGAGUUCAACUUUAGAUUUGUUUAUCUACUACUUUACUUACGAUUCUAGCUCCUACAAGUAUCCUCUGUUUUUGUUUUUUACUUUCAAAUUACGGAAACUGGUAAAGGGAUCAAUCCAACUGCAAAGAUGAAUCCAUAUUACGCGGUGAAGGAAGAGUACCCAGGAUCAAGCUUGUCGCAGUCCGGUGAUGAACCACCAAUAACUGUCCUGCCGCAACCGAUGGAAGGGCUGCAUGACACGGGACCACCACCAUUCCUGACCAAGACUUUAGAGAUGGUGGAUGACCCAAUUACCAAUCAUGUAGUUUCUUGGAGCACAGAAGGUACUAGCUUCGUUGUGUGGGAUCCUCAUUCUUUCUCCACAAACCUCCUGCCUAGAUAUUUCAAGCACAAUAACUUCUCCAGCUUUGUUAGGCAGCUUAACACUUAUGGAUUUAAAAAGAUAGACCCUGAUAGAUGGGAGUUUGCCAAUGAAGGGUUUCUAAGGGGCCAGAAGCAUCUCCUGAGAACCAUCAAGAGAAGAAAGACACCUUCUCAGCCUCUGCCUCAACAACAACCUUUGGAUGCUUGUGUUGAAGUUGGCAGGUUCGGAUUGGAUGGAGAAAUUGAUCGAUUGAAGCGCGACAAGCAAUUUCUAAUGAUGGAAUUAGUGAAGCUCAGGCAUCAACAACAGAACACUAGAGCCUAUAUUCAGGCUAUCGAACAAAGGCUACAAGGUACAGAAAUAAAGCAGCAGCAAAUGAUGCAAUUCUUGGCCAGAGCGGUGCAGAAUCCAGCUUUUUUACAGCAACUAGCCCAGAAUAAGGAUAAGAGAAAAGAACUUGAAGAAGCAAUGACCAAAAAAAGAAGAAGGCCUAUUGAUCAAGGAACUAGUGGUGCUGAAUCAAGCUAUAGUGGUGAGAGUAGAAAUGCCAUCAAAGCUGAACCUCUAGAGCUUGGAGAUUAUGGGUUUGAAGUUUCAGAGCUGGAAGCACUUGCAUUGGAAAUGCAAGGAUAUGGUAGGGCGAGGAGAGGCCAAGAGGAAGGAGAAGAAGAUAUAGAGCCACCAGAAAGUGGAGAUAGAGAACUUGAUGAGGGAUUUUGGGAUGAAUUAUUAAGUGAGAGUAAUAGAGGAGGUGAAGAUGAAGAUGUAAAUGUAUUGGCUGAGCGAUUGGGUUAUUUGGGUUCCAGUCCGAAGUAAAGAAAUUGAACCCUUCUUUAUUGUUCAUCAUCAUCGUGGAUCAUUUCUUCAAUUAUCAUUUGGCAGACUUUUCAUUCCACGGUUGAUUUGUCAGUAACACCCUCGUAUUUUUGUACAAUUAGGUCCUUAAAAUACCAUAAGCCUAUAAUUUUUCAUCUGGAUUUCUUGGUAUUGACAGGAUAGGAGAAUAGCAAAGCAAUGUAUCCGUGGAAAAUAUUUGUAUUUCUGGUGUUUCUAACCCUUUAUUUUAAUCAUCUUUGUUCUUUUUUUUUUUUUUUCCCUUCAGCACAUCAUGUUUUCUUAAUCUUUCUCUAAUCUUGGUUAGGUACUUAGGUUGCAGCAGGGCUUGGACAGAAUCUGGUUGUCCCUAUCAUGAUUUGUUUCAAGAUUGUCCAGAAGCUGUGUUGAAAUAGACAUGAUGUUGCUGCAAAGUUGCAAGAACCACAAAUUACAUGUUGAUUUUCGAAUCAAGUACCAUAUAACUAUGUCGGUUCGAUUUUUUUUUUCCCCCUUCCCUUUUCCCAUUUCUUGCACUGUCGUGUUCUUUCUGCAAAUGUUAAGGUCGGUGGUCAUUUUCUUGAUGCUGCAUCUUUACCAUGUAGAUAUUUUCAUGUCAUGUCCAACGCUGUUCUUAUCAGUCAUUUUCUUGGCAGCCGUGGGGCUCCUCACUGGUAAUGCAUAUUAGAUUCUUUCAACCAUAGCCAACAAAUGUGUGUGCAUUAUGUUCGUUCGUGUCGAUCUAGUUGAUGUCCUUGGGAUUGUUACAGUAUUGUAGUACCUAAAAAGCAUAAUGAAAGGUACCUCUUCUGCAGCAAGCUCCAUAUGAUCUUCCCUGCUUCAGAAUUCAGAUGCAUCUGCAAGUUAUGAUUUAAUG